AUGUUUAGCUUGAAAGCACUAUUACCAUUAGCCUUGUUGUUGGUCAGCAUCAACCCAGCUGCUGCAAAGGUGCACAAGGCUAAAAUUUAUAAACACAAAUUGUCUGAUGAGAUGAAAGAAAUCACUUUCGAACAACAUUUAGCUCAUUUAGGCCAAAAGUACUUGACUCAAUUUGAAAAAGCUAACCCUGAAGUUGUCUUUUCUAGGGAGCAUCCCUUUUUCACCGAAGGUGGUCAUGAUGUUCCAUUGACGAAUUACUUGAACGCUCAAUACUACACUGAUAUUACCUUAGGUACUCCACCUCAAAACUUUAAAGUUAUCCUGGAUACUGGUUCUUCAAACCUUUGGGUUCCAAGUAAUGAAUGUGGUUCUCUGGCUUGCUUCUUACAUUCUAAAUACGAUCAUGAAGCUUCAUCAAGCUACAAAGCCAAUGGCACUGAAUUUGCCAUCCAAUAUGGUACUGGUUCUUUGGAAGGCUACAUUUCUCAAGACACUUUGUCCAUUGGGGAUUUGACCAUUCCAAAACAAGACUUUGCUGAAGCUACCAGUGAACCGGGCCUAACAUUUGCAUUUGGUAAGUUCGAUGGUAUUUUGGGGUUGGGUUACGAUACCAUUUCCGUUGAUAAGGUGGUUCCACCAUUUUACAACGCCAUUCAACAAGAUUUAUUGGACGAAAAGAAGUUUGCCUUUUAUCUGGGAGACACCUCCAAGGAUACUGAAAAUGGCGGUGAAGCCACCUUUGGUGGUAUUGACGAAUCGAAGUUUAAGGGUGAUAUCACUUGGUUACCAGUUCGUCGUAAGGCCUACUGGGAAGUCAAGCUUGAAGGUAUCGGUCUAGGUGAUGAGUACGCCGAAUUGGAGAGCCAUGGUGCUGCCAUCGAUACUGGUACUUCUUUGAUUACCUUGCCAUCAGGAUUGGCUGAGAUGAUCAAUGCAGAAAUUGGUGCCAAGAAAGGUUGGACCGGCCAAUACACUCUAGAUUGUAACACCAGAGACAGCCUACCUGAUCUAAUUUUCAACUUUAACGGUUACAACUUCACCAUUGGACCAUACGAUUACACACUUGAAGUAUCAGGCUCCUGUAUCUCUGCAAUUACACCAAUGGAUUUCCCAGAACCUGUUGGCCCAUUGGCUAUUGUUGGUGAUGCCUUUUUGCGUAAGUACUAUUCCAUUUACGAUUUGGGCAACAAUGCUGUCGGUUUGGCGAAGGCAAUUUAA